CACCAACGCCAGUUUGACGUCACUCGGGAGUCUGGCCCGGCUAGCUGUCAUCCGCGGAGCGGGGAAGGGCAUGACAUGACAUGGAGCUGAGUUUUCACAUGUACAGUUAUAUAUGCGUCGUAGCCUGUUAAAAAAAAAAAAACCUACACGGGUUUCGGGAUUCUUCUGUACCUCGGUAGCGAUCCUUUCUGGUUUCGACAUCUUGAACAAACCGUGGGCUAGCUAACCGGCUAGCUAGCUUGUGAGUUUACUGUUACAGUUAAAGGCAGCGAGUUGAAACAGAAAACCUCCGCAUGGCGUUAAUCCUGUUUACGAGGUCCCGGGCACCGUUGAUGAAAACGUCCCGAUCAUUAAAGAAUGAAUUCCGGAAAGGGAAACUACAAGAUGGUGCCUGUUUGAACUGCACAGCUCUCAGACUCUCCAGUCAGAAACUUGAUGGACUCCGACUUGGCAGUUUGGCCCAGGUCUCCUCAUUCGGUCCUUCCCUCCCCUUGUCGGACGGAUAUGUGGGCCCCUCCCAGAGCCUGGACUCACAGCGGCUCUACUGCGCUUUUGUCCUCGGAGCCUCCCCUUUGUCCUACCCUGCGAUCACACCAGGGGCCCAGUGGACGAUAGCACGACCGCAGGACAUCUCCGGUGUCAGGUGGAUACACACCUCGAGGAGGAGAUGGGACGACUCGAAGGUGGAGAAGUCACUGCGUUCGAUAAAGGACAAGAUGAAGCUGGAGGAAGGAGGGCCGGUGUACAGUCCGACACUCGAUGCAGAACCUGUGAGAAGGACGCUCCGACAGCGGGUGAUAGAUGAAAUCAAGCACUACUACCACGGCUUCAGGCUGCUGUGGAUCGAUACCACCAUAGCUGGCCGAAUGCUUUGGAGGGUGCUGAACGGAAACGCCCUGUCCCGACGCGAGAGGAGACAGUUUCUCAGAACGUGUGCAGACGUCUUCCGGCUUCUUCCCUUCCUGGUCUUCAUCAUCGUCCCCUUCAUGGAGUUCCUGCUUCCUGUAGCUCUGAAACUCUUCCCCAACAUGCUGCCGUCCACCUUCGAGACACAGUCAAAGAAGGAGGAGAGGUUGAAAAAGGAGCUGAGGGUCAAACUGGAGAUGGCCAAGUUCUUGCAGGACACCAUCGAGGAGAUCGCUCUGAGGAACAAGGCUGCACAAGGCAACGUGACGGAGGAGUUUUCCACCUUCUUCCAGAAGAUCCGGGACUCUGGGGAACGUCCCAGCAACGAGCAGAUCAUAAAAUUCUCCAAGCUGUUUGAGGACGAGCUGACUCUGGACAACCUGACUCGGCCUCAGCUGGUGGCUCUCUGCCGUCUCCUGGAACUCCAGUCCAUCGGGACUAACAACUUCCUCCGCUUCCAGCUCAUCAUGAAGCUGAGGGCCAUCCGCGCAGAUGACAAGCUGAUUGCAGAGGAAGGAGUGGCGAGUCUGAACGUGAACGAGGUACAGGCAGCCUGUCGCGUCAGAGGGAUGAGAUCUCUCGGAGUCACUGAGGAACGACUGAGAGAGCAACUCAGCCAGUGGUUGGAGCUGCAUCUGAACCAGCAGAUCCCCACCUCUCUGCUGCUGCUGUCCCGGGCCAUGUACCUCCCCGAUACGCUGUCUCCUGCCGACCAGCUGAAGACCACACUGCAGACGCUCCCUGAGAUGGUGACAAAGGAGGCCCAGUUGAUGGCGGCAGAGUUGGAGCUCUCUAAAGUGGACAAUAAGACCAAAGUGGAGACGACGCUGCAGGAGGAGGCGGCCAUACGCCAGGACAACAAGGACAGAGAGAUGGAGAGGCUGGCUGACGCUGCAGAGAAGGUGGCCAGGGACAGCGAGUUUGAACGUGAAGCAGAGCCGGCGAUGUCCAAGGCCGACAUGGCUGAGACACUGAGGGACACAGCACCGGUCAUAGAGGGAAUCAAGGGUGAGGAGAUCACCAAAGAAGAGAUUGACAUGUUGAGUGAUGCCUGUUCAAAGCUGAAGGAGCAGAAGAAGCUUUUGACUCUGGAGAAAGAAGAGCUGGAGGAACUGAAGGAUGAUGUCCAGGAAUACAACGAGGACCUGGAGGAGAUAAAGAAGGAGCUCUGUAAGAGCGGCCAGGAGAAGACCGUGGAGGAGUCCAAGGCGAGCCAGCGCCUGUCUAAGAGAGUGAACCGCAUGAUCGGUCGCAUCGACAAGAUCAUCCUGGAGCUGGAGAAGGACAAGGUCAUCCUGGACGGACAGAUGGACAGUGGGACCACCCCACCUGUUGGAUUAUUCUUUACUAAAUAUAAUGAUGCCACAAGUCUGUUCUACACCUUCAGGGAGAACCUCAUCAGUAUUGACGAGCUGAUCGGCGUCAUGCGGCAGAUCCAGAACAUUCCAGAGCACAAGCUGCAGAGCAUCGCCGAGGCUCUCGACGACAACAAGGACGGGAAGAUCGACAUCGACGACGUCAUCAAAGUGGUGGAACUGAUCGACAAGGAGGACAUCGACAUCUCCACCUCCCAAGUGACGGACAUCAUGGUGAUGCUGCAGAAGGAGGAGAAGCUGGUGGGGAAGGAAAAGGCCAAGGACAAGGCUGAGAAGGAGCAGGCAGCCACACUCAACAGCUAACCUGCUUUCCACACAAGACACAGAAAAAACACCUGUAAAAAAUGAUGUUGGCUGGUACCCGGUCACAGAAAACUCUGGACGCCAGGUCGAUCUGGACAAGUCGAGAGAGAGAAAGUGUCACAAGGUAACAGCUGCCUUCUCAAACCAUCGUUUCACCGUAAAUUGAGCUCCUAAAAAAUAGUUUAAAAAUGGAAAAGAAGGCUCAUUGCCUUUACCACGCACAAAAUCAAAGAGAAACUUAAAUUGCCAUUAUGUUAAGGCUCUUCUGGACUGAUCAUGUAAUAUAUGUUGAUAUUUGUUUUUUAUCAUUAUGAAUUAAUUUAACUCAAUUUAUUAACAGGGAACAGAAUGACAUGAAAUCAUGGUUGUUCUCACAACGUAAAAGUUGGCAAAGGAAAGAAAAUCAAUCAAAAAUUAUGUUUGGGAAAUGUAGAAUAAUAAUAAUAGGAAGAUAUAUCUUAUUUAAAGUUUGAGGUGAACCAUCUUUGCCUUUCAUUUCAUUCUUGUUAUCAUCUCGGAAGAAAUGAGGGAUCAUUUCUGAACUUUGCACAGUAAAAAUCAUCGUCAUCUCCAUCAUUCCACUCAGAUUGUUUUCCUCUUUGAUUUUGUUUAUCCAUCAUGAUCUCAUAUUGUACGGUAACUUGUUUUUUUUUCUUCUUCUCUGAAUCGUACUCGGACAGGUAGCUAAUUGUCGGCUAUAGGAUGUUUAAAUGGUGGCUGCAACCAAAGAAAUUCAUAGAUUCGUUCAGAAGCGUCAGAUUAUGUGUGCAGGUUUAAAGGGUUGAAUUAAAAAUGCUAUAUAUGCAUUCUAACAUUAUAGCUUUAGGUUCAGCAUUCCCUCUGAAAGCCCCCUUUACACAGCCGCUUCAAGGUGGGAUAUUGCGCCGUUAUCCCUGCCUCGCCGCUCUAUAGAAAAGGUACGAAGGCAGCGGAGGCAGACGUCUGUGUAAAAGGGGUUUAAAUUUAAAGAAAUGGAGGAUUCGUGCUGCAGAAAUGUUGAAUUUCUGCCUAAAAAAAGCCAAGGACUGAAGUUAGCAGCAUCUACAUCAACAUUAAAAAUGACUGUACUGUAUUUUUUCUCAUUUUGUACUUGUUACAUGAUAAUAAUUUGUCUCAUUUUAGCUCCUUGUGUCUGUUCCUGUGUAGCUCUCUGUAAAAUGCCAAAGUUGCACUGUGGCACGUUUAGAAACAGAUUCUAAUUAUUCCUAAAACCAACCAGUUAAAGAGCGACAGAUAUUUGUGAGCGGUGAGGAUCGAGGUCAGUGAAGCCGACCACUAAAACAGCCCACCAACCAAAUACUGCUCAGCUGUUGCUGUGGGUAGAAGUAGAGUUUUAUUUUUUACUAGUUCAGAUAGUCAGUCUGAAGGGUGAGAGCAGCUUUGUGUGAUUGUUAAAUAGUUAAAUUUGUGCUACAGACCUUCAUGAGUUUAAAGUGGCCUUCUCUUGACACAAUAUUAUGGAUUCUACACUGAUGUAUAUUUUUUAAGAAGACAGUAGCUCUUUCUUUACACUCGAUGUGUUGAAGAAGUGGAUGAGUUCAGUUGUAGAACAGGUAGAUUGAACCUUAGACACAUACUGAGUCCUCCCUUUUUGUUCUUUGCACUGUAGCCAUGAAUGUGUGUUGGGCGGAAACAAGUAUUCCUCAGGACGAAGUGAUUUCAGACGAUGUUCGAAUCAGCGACACGAAGAUAAACUCAUCUCGCUGCACGUUGGCACAACUGUUGUAUUUCUAGGUGACAGCAUCGCCCAGUUAGGGCUUUAACCAGUGAUUAUUUUGAUCAUGUUUCAUUUGUUUAUUUAAUGAUGUAAUCUAUAAAAUGGCGGCACAGCUUCUUUUUAAAGCUGUGUAUUGACAGUUGUAAUGAUAAAAUAACGUUUGUCAGCAGUGGAUUUGUAGCACGUUGCUUGGGUUUUACGUUUCCUCCUGAAAGUAACAGGCUUGGAUUGUCGUGUUGAGGUUGAACCACCUCUAUCCAACAGUGAGCUUGUGGUCUCAGCCAACCCUCUGUUAUUCCUCCACAGUAACUAGAGAGGAGUUCAGGUGUAAACAUGGAUGACAGAGUGGUACUUGAGAUAACGCUGAGUGGACGAUGCUCCGUUUAAUCCGUUCCCGGAAUCCGCUGUCGUACGUGCCGAUGAUUAAGAGCUCGUUAGUCUUCCAUCAGGCGCUGUCCCAGUUCAGACCCGGCGCUGCCUGACAGGGCGAGGGCUCUGCUCCGCCUGGGACCAGUCAGACUGAUGGGUGCAGGGUAAACACUCGCCCCAUACAUGGGCCAAAGCCAGCUCCACUGGAGGGUUGUGUUUAGGUUAGAGACGCUCCGGCGGGACAUGGCAUGCUCUCUGCCGCAUAAAUCAGCAGCCAGUGUAAACACGUCGCGGGAACGUUGUGACAACUUCUCGAUUACACUCGGCAGGAGAGAGCGGUGUUUGCGUCCCUGCGCCCGACAGGUCAGGCUCAGGGGAGCGCUGCGUUCACGAGCGGCACUGCCACUGUUUCUAGGCAUAGAGGGGUCAAAGGUCAGGAGGAGGAAAAGUGACUCAUGCAGGGUUCCAGCGCUGGAAAAAUAAAACUCGCUAUAGGAUAAAUGAUGGUGUUAAAUCUUCCUCAUACUGUUAGAAACCAUGUGCAGUGUUAGGAUGGUUUAUUAACCUUUAAAGUCUGGAUUAGUCAACUGAUCAAUUCAUCAGUCAACAGAAAAUUAAUCAGCAACUAUUCUGAUAAUUGAUUUCUCUUUACUUUUCAAGUCAGAACCCCAGAAAUUCACUAGUUCCUUCCUGCUUUUCUCUGUUUUACAUGGUAGUAAACUGAAUAUCAGUCACACAAGAAAAAGCUGUGACGUUUUGAUUUGUCCAAAAUUUAAAAAUAUUUAGUUUACAAUCACAUAACCUAGAGAAAAUAAGGAAAUGCUCACAUUCUAGAGUCUGGAAACAGAAAAUAUUUGGUGUUUUUGUUUGAUAAAUGUCUUGUAUUUUCAUUAAUACAGUUCAUAUUUUAGAGUUCAAGAUAUGAAAUAUCAUUUUUCCCACAUGCUGCCAGGAUUUGACGAUGAUAUGUGGAAACCUUCAAAUGGAUUCAAGAAAUCCUGAAAAUAAUUACAUUUUUAAAAUGGAAAUGAUCUGAAUAUCAGCAGAAAGCCAGUCACAGAGCAGAGACGUAGAAAACAAGACAAACUCGUUUGCUCGUAUCUCCAAAAUGCACAGACAUCUGUAGGUCUCUGCAGCCGCGCACGGCAGCUGGUGAUUGUGCGUCCUCGUCUUUUGGCUGAAGCGUGAGGAGUCGAGCGGAGUUCACGGCUCACCGCUGGCAGCAGUGUUGCACUGUGUUGUUUAAGCUGCUGCUGUCUUACAAACAGAAUAAAAGUACCUGAGGGAGGAGAAAGGGAGAGAUAGAUUUGGCAGAAGCAGCAUUUUGACAGUGAGCUUAAAUCGGUCGGUUUAUUUUUCAUCGUCAGUCGAUUUCUGCCUUGAUUUUUUCUUUUAGGAAGAAAAAUCAGCUGAUUUUAGCUCACUGUCCGUAAUUCUGUCUGUUAUCUGCCGAGUAUUGCCACCGUGUAAAUGCACUAUUUUCAUUUUUUGAUACAGUGGGUGUGUUUUCCUUGACGGACUCGGGGUGUGAAUGUUCAGUCUGAUGUGGUUUCAGCAGGGAAGCCGAGUGUCGCGAAAACUCCGACACAAACCGUCCUAAAAGAUUCCUGUUGAGUUUGAGAAGUUGCGCAGUUUGUGUAGUAGAACAAAUAUUUAAAGCAAUAAGUCAAUCAUGCAUCAUGUACCUUUUUUGAAUUGUUGUUUUUUUCUCUUUUUGAGGUGGGAAGUGUGUAAUUAUAUUGUAAUAUAUGUAAUUUAGACGAGCUCACAUGCCAUCUGCAAAGAAGUGGAUCCUGUGACUAAAAAGCAGCCUGAUAUCUUCUUGAUAUCAGGCAGACGUUCUGAUUAUUUUGGGCAUGAUGUGCUUGUGUAGUUGAUUAUCUGACUAUGAUAUAAUUAUAAAGACAGAUGAACCCACUUCUUCCCCCUUUUUUCAAGUAUUGUGCACCAGCCCUUUUUAAUCACCAGAGGAAUGCUACUUUUUGUAGAACAUAUGAAAAGAAGAGUUUUCUCUUCCAGUGGAAGUGAGGAGGACAGUUCAGUUGCAGCAGAGGCAGCUGGAGAAUAAAAGCAGGAUCGUGAUGUGGAGUCUGUUUCCUACUGAUACAGACGUGAAGAGGAGGUGCAGACCUCUCUCAGGCUCCGAUAAAGUUUUUGAAAGUGAAACAGGUGUAGAAAACCAAUGCAUAUAUUAUACCUGCAAAAUAAAAUAAAACUGCAGCCACCAUCAUGUACAAAGAAACGUUAUUUUAAAGGUGUGUUCAGACAUGAAAUCAGCAUCCGAUGCACCAACUGCACAGCGACUGUAUCUGUGUGUGUUUGUGACUAAACACACACAUAAACAACUCAUGCACAAAUAUUUGGCUCACUGCAGGUUUUGCGCUGCCUGGGUAAAAUUUGCAUCUUUCCAUUGUCACUGCGCGCGAUCGUACCGCCUCACAUCGCGUUGUCUGAACCACAGAUUUAAAAAGUUUAUACAUGAUAUUAAACCUCAAACAAAGUUAUGAAAUGUUUUCAGGAGAAAUCUCUGCUCAGUUUGAAAGGCGAGGCGACAUGUCGCAGUAUAAUCUCUUACUUGAUUACAUUAUGUUUGAAAAUGUUUAAAACAUUAGUCAUUCACACAAUAUGAGAUUUAGCCUAUUGGAGUUUUUGUUUUGAGAUAAUUGUCAUGUUAUUUAUUUAUUUAUUUAAUCAGAUUUUCCAAAGGGAUUUUUGUUUUUGUUUUUUUUAAAUCAUCCAAAUGUGAGAUGACCAGGUACUGGAUUUGAUUUGUAGUUUUAACUUGAAUCUCAAAUGUAUGAAAAGCUCAGUUUCUUUUUUUAAAAACCCAAAUCAAGUGUUCAUGUAAAGACAAAGUGUUGAAUAAAUAAUGGUUGAUCCUGGG